UUCCAUCUCUAAAGUCCAGCUGCGUCGUUGAAAAUAUGUGCUAGCAUCGUUUUUUAUUGUUUUAUUUUGAAUAAAAUAGCAAUUAGAUUAGUGUAAAUCGAUCCAAACGAGUUGCAUUCGAAUAGCUGGCGUCACAAUGAACAUAUACAACAAAUUGCGCAGCCGAGAGCAUGGGUUCUCGAACGAGCAGACCUACGACUUCGCCCUGCGUCGCCUGUGCGUGGCCAAGGAAGACAGCUGGCGGGGAAUUGCUCCGGCCAACUACUGCCCCGACUUCAACCCGGAACCGCCCAUAUUCUCCGCCAAGUUUGCCAACUGCAACGGCUACAGGCACAUUCUGGCCAUUGCCAAUGAGGAUGGCAAGAUCACACUGCAGGACACCACACAGCGCAACCAGGAGCCGGAGGAGCAGUCGCUGCCGGGACCUCAGUGCCAUUACAAUGCAGUCUUCGACCUGGAGUGGGCCCCGGGCCAGAUGCGAUUCGUUUCCGCCUCGGGGGAUCACACGGCGCGGCUCUGGGAGGUGGCUGGCUCGGGCAUUCGGGGACUCAACUCGUACAUUGGCCACACACGAUCCGUGAAGUCGGCCGCCUUCAAGCGCACAGAUCCGGCCGUCUUUGCCACGGGCGGGCGAGACGGUGCCAUUCUCAUCUGGGACAUACGGGCCAAUCUCAACAUGGAUCUGACCUCUCGCGUGGACAACUGCAUCUACAGCGGGCACACAGGGGGACCGGGCACGCCCGUCUCGCAGAGAAAGCAGCGCUCCCGCACGCCCAAGAUGUCAUCCAGUGCCACCUCGAGCAGCAUCACGGGACUGGCCUUCCAGGACGACAAUACGCUGAUAUCCUGCGGCGCUGGCGACGGCGUGAUCAAGGUGUGGGAUCUGCGACGCAACUACACGGCCUACAGGAAGGAGCCGCUGCCCAGGCACAAGCUGCCGUAUGCCGGCCACUCCACCUUCCGGGGAUUCACCAACCUAAUUGUGGAUGCGGCCGGAACGCGACUCUUCGCCAACUGCAUGGACAACACGAUCUACUGCUACAAUCUGGUCUCGUACUCGCCCAAGCCGCUGGCCUGCUACAAGGGUCUGCUGAACUCGACGUUCUACAUCAAGUCCUGCCUGAGUCCGGAUGGGAAGUACCUGCUCAGCGGCAGCAGUGAUGAGAGGGCGUACGUCUGGAACCUGGAGCAUGCAGAGGAGCCGCUGGUGGCUCUGUCGGGCCACACGGUAGAGGUGACCUGCGUGGCCUGGGGCUCCUCCCACGACUGUCCCAUUGUCACCUGCAGCGACGAUGCGCGACACAAGAUCUGGCGCAUGGGACCCGACCUGGAUGGGCUCAGCGAGGCCGAGCGGGCGGAGAGGUAUCGCGGCCACGCGAGCUAUGUGCGUCAAUUCAGCAAAAAGUCGUCGGCCCCGGCCACCGGCAACCAUAAGUACAACCUGAGGGAUCUGGAGUCGACGCCCCGCUCGCUGAAGCGCCUGAUGGACCAGAACGAGCGUACGCCCGGCUCAGUCGAGAAGGUGGCCAUGAAGCGUUCAUUCCUGGACAUGCUGGGCGCGGCCAGCAGCGAGGCAGAUGCCGAGCAGCCGCAGAAGCGCUCCAAGCCCCUUGAGUCCCGGGCCAGGCGACUCUUCGGCCCCUCCAGCCAAGAGUCCACCUGUAGGCACAUUCAGCUCUCGACGAUUGGCGAGGAAGAGGCCUCCUCCUCGCCCAGCAAAAAGCAAAAGGAAAACGCCGCCGAAGACAUUUCCCCGGUGGCCAAGCUGCUGAGCCUCAACUCCUCGCCCGUCCACUCGCCACUCAGCGAGAAUGUCAACCACAUUUACGCCUCACCACCCACCACAUCCGCAGCUGCAGCAGCAGCAGCGGCGGCGGCGGCUGCUGCCUCCGAGGGAGCUGGAGUUGGCCAGCCCCUGUCCUCUGUGAUCUACUCGCCCACCUCGAACCUGCCCAACUACGUGCUGGACGGUGAGGCUCCGCACCUGGCCAUCAUGUCGCCCAAGCGCAAGGCCAAGGAGAAGGUGGACUGGCUGACGAACAUACGCAAGCAGAAGCUGAUGAGCGGCAGGGCGCACGUCUCGCUCAGCGACAAGAUCAACGAGGAGCAGCAGGCGAAUUCGGCGGAUGUAUUGGCCUCGCCGCGCCUCCAGUGCCUGCGCCAGUCCGAGUGCAGUCCCCGCCUAAAGGCCUCUCCCCGGCGACGCAUCUCGCACACUGAUGCCGGUGGUGGGGUGGCUGCAAGCGGAUCCCAACCACCACAACCACGCACACCCACCUCCAGUCGACGGAACAGCGAGACGACGCUUCUCCGCUUCUUCAGCGUGCAGCGCAGCAGCAGCGUGGCACCGGACGAGACUGCAACGGCGUUGGAGCCCAGCGAGCUGUCGCCACCUCCAUCGGCCACGCCCCUGACAGUGCGAACGCCCACGACAGCGGUGGGGGGCAGCGAUUAAGUACGCUCCCCGUAUUAUUGCACCCGUAGUUUUAAGUGGACAUUAAUUAAGUUAUUUUACGUAGAUCCUAGCUUGAAUCUUAUUUCGUUGGGCGAGUUGGCAACCAAUUCCCCGGCACUUUGUACAGCGCCACUACAAAAGACUAAACAAAACAAAAAACACGAAUAAAAGUACACAUCCAUA